AUGAAGCAGCUCUCAGACAUGGAGGACCAGAACCAGUUUCUCCACAACUACCCCUCACUGUCACCGCUCGGUGAGUCCACACGCUCCUCCGGCAUCAGCAUCCGUCCUCUCAGCUACUUUGAGGACGUGACAGCAGCCGUGUCAGAGGUCAGAGGUCGACUACAGGACAUCCUGAGAGACACGUGGACAAACAUCUCACUGACCAUCACUGAGGUGGAUGUUUUACUGUCAGAACCAGAACCAGAACCAAAGAGCAGAGCUGGAUUCUUGAAAUAUUCAUGUGAAAUCACUCUGGAUCCAAACACAGUAAACACAGAGCUGUUACUGUCAGAGGAGAACAGAAAGGUGACUUUUAUGGACAAACAUCAGUCUUAUUCUGAUCAUCCAGACAGAUUCACGACAUAUUCUCAGGUCCUGAGCAGAGAGAGUCUGACUGGACGUCAUUACUGGGAGGUGGAGAAGAAAGCAGAUGAAGUUGAGGUAGCAGUUUCAUACAAGAAUAUCAGCAGAUCAGGGGAUGAAAGUGUAUUUGGAGAUAAUGACAAAUCUUGGUCACUACGUUGUGACUCAGUGGGUUAUGGAUUUUGGUACGACGGCAUCAGAAACCUCCGUCUCAGGUCCCCGGAGCUCCGGAAUAGGAGUUUACCCGGAUCACGGAGCAGGAGUUCUGUCCUUCUACGGCGUCUCUGGAACCACGACCCUCCUCCACAGAGUCCAGACCACCUUCACUCAGACCUCCAGGAACCAGGAUCAAUACCAAGUCUGGAUCCAGGAUCCAGGACCUCCAGAGCUGGACCCAGGAACCAGGAACCAGGAACCAGCAUCCAG